AUGACGCCCGAGCGGCUCCUCGUCGAGCUGGAGGGCCUGUCGCACAAUCAGCGGAUCGCGCGGAUGGUCCAUCUCGGUCGCGAGUCCCUCACAAACGCGGCUGCGGCCGACUGCCUUUCUCGGCUCGAGCACGCCCACGGGCUCUACGGCAAGAUCCUGGCCCUGCACGCGGCCCACGGCAGCCGCGACAGCGCCGUGGUGCUCCGAUCCUUCAACGCAUCCUCCCGGACGCUUCGCGACUUGGCCGUUUUCGCCGCUCCCCGCGUGGCCGACGAUGCAACGGUGGCGCAGAUUUGGAAGAGUGGGGAGGUUGAUUCGGAGGCCUACGCCAAGAGGCUGCGCGGCAGGCGGCGGGGUCUGGUGGACGCCCACGUGCGCGGUGGGUGGCCCGCCACAGCGAGCCUGCUGGGCAGCUGCAGCCUGCAGGUGGUCGAGGAGCUGUGGCCCAUGGCGGUCGGGUCGUCGCUGGCGUCGGAGACCUUCCCGUCCGUGGCGAGGUGCCACCCGGGGUUCGCUGUCCGCGUACUGGGCGACCUGAGCGGCAAGCUGCAGAAAGCCUUCUUGUCAGAUGCGUCCGUCAUCGGCAGGGUUGCCUCGGAGUAUCCAGAGGAGACUCUGGCCGCGUUCAUGAGAAGGCCGUACACAGAGAGGCCUGGCUUUUUGUGGAUGCCGAUCCUAAGGAAGCUGCCCAAUCGGGCGCUGGACGCGAUGCUCGAGCGGGCGCCAGCCCCAGAGGCCAAGGAAGGCGCCAUGGCGGAUGAUUCGCCGCCGGGCGUGGCCGCGUGUCGAAUCCACGCCACGGAGAGGAACGCUGCCAUCGUGUCGAAGCUGUGGAGGUUGUGCCGCCGAAUGAACGCCAGGCGGAGCCUGGAGGUGUGCCUCGAGGCGCCAGGCACCGCGGUCAAGGUGAUGAGGAAGUUGGACGCGCGGGGUCGACGGGAGCUGUUCUGCGCGUGGAAGGACUGGAGGCAGGCGCGGCUCGAUGCGAUUGGCUGGGAUGGGCCUGGAGGCCAGGAGGAAGCGUUCAGGAGCGUGAGGGACCGGGCCUGGGCGCUGGCGUGGUCUAGGAAUCCAUUCGUGAGCCCGGAUGUGGUGAAGUAUUUGCCGGUCGACCUGAGGCUGGAGGCCGUGCAGCUGUUGGCCCGGCACGGGCGGCCCAGCGUGGAAGUGAUGAAGACGCUGACAGAGGAGCAGGUCAGGGAUGUUUUUAGGGCGCACGGGGGCAUUUUCGUAAAGCAUCCAGACCUGCUGGGCGCCCUGCCUGAGCCACAGAAGAGGGAGGCCUACGAGAGGUGGAAGGUGGCGCGCGGACACGCGGAGACGGUGUGUGAGGCCGUGCUCGGGGCGGUGCCGGCGGCCGCGGCCGGAAGCCCUGAGAUGCGCUGCCUGCUGGACGCCCUGAUUGGGGAUCCCAUGCAGCAGUCGAUGACAGUGCGGCUGCUCCCCGAGGACGUCAGGGGUGAGCUCUACGACCGGUCCAAGCACUCGGCGUUUUGGACAGUGGGAGCGGGCGCACUGCAGUUGCUUCCGAAAGAGCAGAGGGUCGAGGCAGCCAGAACGCAUAUCCACAAUUUCAAGAAGCUCAAGGCGGAUGCUCACAACCGAGCUCCACGGGCACUGCUGCCUAACAUUCAAAUGCCGCCACCCAGGAACAGAAUGUCACCGCCAGGAAACUGGAUGGCAGCGGCCGCGAACGCGAGGCCACUGCCAGGGACUGCGAUACCAAUAACAGGAAAUUCGAUGCCACCACCAGGGAAUUUGAGGCCACCACCAGUUAAUUUGAUGCUGCCGCCAGGGUAUAAGUGGCCACCACCGGGGUAUGUGAGGCCACCACCAGGGUAUGUGAGGCCACCACCAGGGUAUGCGAACCCACCACCAGUUAGUUUGGUGCCACCACAAAGGAACGUGGGGCCGCCACCAGCUACUUUGAUGCUGCCACCAGGGUAUAAGAGGCCGCCACCGGGGAAAAUGGGUUGUCUGCUUCCAAAAGUGCAGAGGAACGAGACAGCCAGAGGCCGUGUCCAAAAUUACAAAACGGCCAAGGCGAACGCUCACAGGCGGCGCCCAAGGAAGAAGCCACUGCCUCACUUUCAAGUUACACCACCAGGGAAUGCGAUGCCGACAACAGCGAAGACGGGUCGCCUGCUUCCGAAACAGCAGAGGCUCAAGGCGGCCAGUAUUCACAUCCAAAGCCGCAAGAAGCUCAUGGCGGAUGCUCACAGCCAGCGUCCGCAGGAACUACUGCCUUAUAUUCAGUUGCUCCCAUGGGAUGAGAUGAUGGGUUGCCUGGCGCCGUGGCUGAAAUCGGAUGAUGCUCAAAUACGGGCUAUGGGUCUGGAAUGGGCUAUCCUGUCAGUUCGCAAUGACUAUGCCUACACUCUCGAGGCCAUCGAAUUGAUCCACACAAGAAAGAAUGAGAGAGACUCUGUGAGGGAGACAAUGCUCAAGGCCCUGCACACUGCCGGUGUGGCAGAGCGAGCGGAAGCAGCGGAACUUGAACGGCUGGAGGUCAUCAUCAGCGAUGCAAUGUGUGCUAACGACGCAGCACCAGGCUCGAUUCAACUGAUAGAAGAUAUUUGCCUUUCAGUUCUCCCCCGCAACCCGCAGUGGGCGGCUGGUCAGCUUGAAAAAUGCAUCAGCCAGUGGCAAGGAAUGAACCAGGGGCACAGUAUUGGCAGAUUAUUGAAGAGCCACAUCAGUGAGGCAGCCAAAGGCAAGAAGAAACCAGAGAAAGAAGCAUUUGCAAUCGAAUUUUUCAGGCAUGUUGCCCAUUCGAUUGUGAGAGUGGCUGAAGCGAUCAAGGCAGCUGGGAGUGGCGCAAAAGUGGCCAAGAUAGCGGCAGCCGUCUUUAACACUUACUACAAUGACUGUGAGGAAAUCUUUGGUGUUCUAUCUGCAAGCAACAGCCCUCAUUCCGGCACCAAGGCAGCCAUAGGGCGCACGGACAAAGGCCUUGACCUUGCUGGCUUCACAGUGAGUGGGCGUGAGAUCUGGUCUGAAUUAUGGCAUCUUUCCGUGAGUGCUCUUCAAGAGGCUGACUGGAAUCAUGAACAGCCUGAAGACUUUGCGGACCUGCUGCAACAUUUGAUUGAUGAACGAAUGGACCUGUUUCCGUCCAUCCGGUCCAUUCUUUUCGCCAACAUGUCAAAGCCACCGCUUGUGCACCGUAUUGGAGGCCUUGUGCAGAGCUUGAUGAAACACAGCGCCUGGGACGAGCUGGAGGCAAUGCUCCUCUCAUCCGCUGCGACGCAACACAUCGCUUCUGUUUCAGGGCAUGCUCGCAGCGAAAGACGCACACAGGGCGGCUCCAGUCCACAAUGCAUAGCUGAGGCGAUACUGCACGAGAUGAUCAAAAAGUGUCCAAAGAAGGCUCAUGAUUUAAUUGCCAGGCUGGUCCAUCAGGACCGUAGUUACCUUAUUCUCGGCUGCGUGAGAGAUGUCGUCAUCACAAGCACGAAGCUCGUGUCCGAGCUGCUGACAGCAGAUCUGCCUGAAGAUGGCAUGUUUGACUGCAAGAAGCUCAAUGGUAAACCAUGGGUGGGCUGCGUCCAGGCCCAUAUGCUGCGAAGGCUCACUGCACAACAACAGAAUUCAGUUGCAGAAUUGUACAGGGACGCGAUCCUGAGUGGCAAAAUGUCUUUCCAGACGGAGCGCAGCUUAUUGAAGUCGAUGGUGCAGUUGCAGCUCGCAUGUCCAGAGACCCUCAUCAGCCUGGCCGCAGAAGGCAUCGAGAAUCAACAAGUGCGGAACACAGCGUUGGCUCUGCUGGCCUCCGUCGAUGAUCCCGAGCAGGCUCGAUCCUCCCUUCUUGAUGCGUUGGGAGAUGACAGGAGCUAUGUCGCGUCAAAGUAUGUAAGACAAUGGGUCCUGCAACUUUCCACUGCUGACGCUCUUGCUCAACUCGACAACCUCCCCAUGGACACGACCGCAGGUGGCAGGCAGGUUGUGCAAAUACUGGGUGUGCUCUCUCGGAGAUCGGGUGCUUAUGCUGAGUCCGCCUUCCAAAGGCUUCUGAAAAUGGCAAAAGAGCCCCAGCACCACAAAUCUGUUCGCAUUGCCAUUAUCAGGACCUUGACGAUGCACUCCGACCGGGGCGAAGUCUGGCCGCAUCUUCUUGAUGCUGCCAAGUCAGAAGACGAGGAGAUAGCAGGCGCCGCCAUGUUCACCCCUUCAGCGCCGCGUGAGAGAGAUGAGGAUGGUCAAUGGAAUACGGGCAGGAGGAGCAAAGAUGUGGAAGAACGCGUGCACCAGCUGUUCAUGAUUCUGCUGAACCACCCAUCGAUUGUCCUACGAAACAACGCCAUGAAGGCAUGGAGCUCCGCAAAGCCCCCCAUGUCAGACCCUGGAUUUCGGAUUUUGCAGGAGAUGCUCAAAUUGGCAGCGGUGGAGGGUGCCGCCAAGCCUGUCGACGCAAAGAACAAGAUAUGUGUAGCCUGCCAGCAUGCCGUUUCCUUGGCUAAGAACGUUUUUGAGCAUGCAUCCAGGAGGGAAAAUAGCGAGGGUUGA